CUCUCUCUCAUUCCGUCUCUCUCUCAGUGUGUUCGCGGGUCUGAUCGGGACAGCUCGGAAUAACUGGAUUAUUAUCAGGAUUCGUUUAUGAAGUGGAUUUCUGUUAGUAAACGCGCGAAAGUCCGCGUGAUUCGAACGCCCGAGCGGCGCGAGUUCUGUGAUUUAAAUUUUAACGGAUUUUCCGUCUGAUCCGGAUGCUUCUGAAGUCGCGAGUUCGUCAUGAGCGCUUCUGAGAACCCGACCGAGUCCAAACUCGAGGCGGUGAUUCAGAGGCUGGAGGAGAGCGUUCUGUCCGAGGAGAAGUGGCUGACGGUUCGAGGAUCUUCUCCAGAUGAACCUGCGGCUAGUUUACCGGCCCGUGUGCGAGAGAUCGUCUCCAGAAACCUGAGCGACGGCGCUGGAGGCAUGUCGUCGGGUCUGUCUCUUCAGGACGAGAACCAGGUUCUGCAGACAGAACUGAGUCGCGUGGAGGAUCUUCUGGCUCACAGUCGAGCAGAACGAGAUGAGCUGGCCAUCAAAUACAGCGCCAUCAGCGAGAGAUUGGAGCAGGUGCUGCAUUUGGAGACGGGCGAGGAAGGACGCGACUCUCCCGAGUCUCGCAGUUUAGCGCAGCAGAACGUAGAUCUGCGCAGACGUCUGGACGAGGAGCAGGCGGCGUAUAAACGCAAACUCACGGCGUAUCAGGAGGGGCAGCAGAGACAAGCGCAGCUCGUGCAGAAACUACAGGCCAAGGUCCUCCAGUACAAGAAGAAGUGUGCGGAUCUCGAACAGACGCUGCUGGAGAAAUCGACCGGUCAGUGUGAGGGCAGCAGUAACGGUCACCGGCGGGACGAGGAUGAGCCGAGCAGCGAGCUGGAGAGCGCCCUCAUCCGGCUGGAGGAGGAACAGCAGAGGAGCAGCGGCCUAUCCGCCGUCAACGCUAUGCUGCGGGAGCAGCUGGAGCAGGCCGGACUGGCCAAUGAGGCGCUCAGCCAGGACAUCCGCAGACUCACAGCUGAUUGGACCAAAGCCAGGGAGGAGCUGGAGCAGAGGGAGUCUGAUUGGAGGAGAGAGGAGGAGUCUUUCCACAGUUACUUCAGCAGCGAGCACAGCCGUCUGCUAGCGCUCUGGAGGCAGGUGGUGGGCUUCCGCAGACACGCGUGCGAGCUGAGGAGCGCCACCGAGAGGGAUCUGUGCGAGGUGCGUAACGAGCUGGCGAGCGCGGCGCAGAGCGUGCAGCUGCAGUGCGUGAGCGUCUGCGCAGAUCUGCGCCGCCGUGAGGACGGGUCUGCGCUGCUGCUGGAGAGAGAGACGGCUCAGCGCCUGCAGCUGGAGCAGCAGCUCAGAGAGACGGUGACGGAGAUGAUGACCCUGCAGGCCAGGAGCGACUCGGAGAGAGCCGAGCUCAACACACGGCUUGCGGAUGCAGUGAGAGAGCUGGAGCGUCUCAAAGCUCGUGUGGACGACAGAGAACAGGAAGUCACAACACUCAACAGGAAACUACAGGAUCAGAGGACUCUUGAGGAGACUGAAGUUCAUUCACUGAAGAAACACACUGCAGCACUGCAGAACACACUCCGAGACAUCACACAGGUGGUGUUGUCUGACAGUGAUGGUGUGGAUGGAAACACUGAAGAGUCUCUGCUGCCACUGCUGCGCUCUUCAUCAUCAUCAUCCUCAUCAGCCAUCAUCCCUGACAGCUGUCUGUCUGCACUGCUCUCCACUCUGACCAGCAGACAGAUCCAGCUACAGGAGCUGCGUGAACGUCUGCAGUCUGCGCAGUCUUCAGUGCAGCAGCUGCGCAGGCAGCAGGGGGAGGCGGAGUCAGGCCGGCGGGAGGCGGAGCUCCGCGCGCAAACGCUGCAGGCCGAGAGAGACGAGGCUCAGAGAGAGAGAGAGAGCGCUGUGAGAGAGAGACACCGACUGAGACAGGAGAGAGACGCACUGAGCAGCGAGAAGGACGCGGUGGAUAAGACGGCGGAGGCGGCGCAGACGCAGACGCAGCUGCUGCAGCUGGAGUGUGACAGGCUGCAGCUGGCCGUCACGUCUGCGCAGAGAGAGCGCGAUCACGAGCGCGAGGAGAGAGACGCCGCUGCGCUGGAGAGCGACCGCGCCCGAGCCGAGACGGACAGAACUCAGCAGCUGUGGGAGGAGUCUGAGCGCCGCGCGUCUUCACUGCGUGCUGAGCUAGCGGCGCUGAGGGAGUCUCUCCAGCAGGGGACCACAGACCGACAGCUGAUGGAGACCGAGAACAGACAGCUGAGCGACGCACUCAACAGGAGCGGGAGCAGUCAUGCUGAACUCUCUCUAGUGCUCACCAAGCUUCACUCGGAGGAGUCGUCACUCAGAGAUUCGCUCGCUAAGAUGAGCGGCAUUAACGAGAGUCUAGCGCAGGACAAAUCUGACCUCAACAGCCUCAUCGUACAGCUGGAGGAGGAGAAGAAUGUGUUGCUGUCUCAGAGAAGAGAAGCGGAGCAGGAGAAGCUGACCAUCAGAGACGAGCUGGUCCGCUCCGAGCAGGACCGUCUGGAGCUGGACUCUGUCCGCCUCGCUCUCCACCAAUCACUGCAGGAGUCUGAGCUGGCCAGGGCGGGGCUGGAGGCGGAGCUUCAGUCGCUGCGGGCCGACCGAGCCAAACUCCAGGACAGAAUCACACAGCUGAUUGGUGAGGUGGGUGGUUUGGAGGCGGAGCUCGGUUCUGUCCGCGGUGAAGGAGACAGGCAGAGCGCCGCUCUCGAGGAGGUGGUGCGGGGGAGGGCGGAGCUUGUGCGAGAGAGGGCGGGGCUUCUGGUUCAGCUGACGGCGUCCGAGAGAGAGAACGCCGCCCUGACGGAGGAGCUCGCCGCCUUCAGGACGGAGCGCGAGGCUCUGGAGACGAGUCUGUUCGAGCUGCAGCAGCAGAUAAAUCAGAUCGAGUCUCGACGCGAACAGCUGGAGUCUGAGAACCAGAACCUGAGGCUGCGCGCUGACAGCACGACGGCGGAGCUGAAGCGUUUGCGCGCUGAAAGAGAGACGCUUCUGUCUCAGAGCGAGAAAGAGAAGGACGCGCUGAGAGACGCGCUGGCGGCCGCUCAACACGAGGCGCAGAGAUGCCUGCGUACGGCGCUGUCUGACCACCAGGAGGAGCUGGAGAGACUGACCAAUCAGAAGGAGGCGCUGCGCUGCAGUCUGGAGGCGGAGCAGGGGGCGGCGCUGCGGAGCCUUCGCGAGCUCCUGGACGAGCAGACGACGCGUCUGGAGAAAGAGCGCGACGAGCUUCAGGAGGAGCUGCGUUCCCUGCAGCGCGACAGAGACCGGAGUCUGCUGCAGGCCGAGACGGACAAACAGCAGGCGCUGUCCAUGAAGGAGGCGGAGAAGACGGUUCUGUCGGAGAGGAUGAGCGCCCUACAGGCGGAGCUGAGCACUGCAGCGCUGGAGCUGGAGCGACUGACCCGAGAGACGGCGCUGCUCAGAGACCAGGAGCGGGCUGCGGUCGCGGCUCUAAACGCAGAAGUGCAGGAGCUGCGCAGUGAACUGCAGGACGCAGCCGGUGCACACGGCCGGGAGCUGCGCAGACUGCAGGAGAGCUGCGCAGAACAGCAGACGCGAGCAGACACGGCGCUCAGAGAGUUGGAGGAGUGUCGCGCGCUGCUGUCGUCCAGCGAGGAGAGCCGCGACAGCGCCAGACGAGAGCUGCUGGAGAUGGAGAAACGCUCGUGCCAGAUACGGGACGCGGGGGAGGGGCACAGGCGAGAGGGGGCGGAGCUACGGCACUCCCUCUGUGAUGUCACCAAGGAGAGGGACGCUCUCAGCCAAUCAAACGCGCAGCUGAGGGAAGCGCUGAGAGAAUCAGAGAGCGAGAGAAUCAGUGUGAAGCGCGUGUGCGAGGAGAAGGAGCAGAGAGCGUCUCUGCUGGAGGAGAGUGUGGCGUCUGCGCAGAAGGAGGUGUCUGAUCUGCGCAGCUGUCUGCGUGAGGUGGAGAGGUCCAGGCUGGAGGCGCGCAGGGAGCUGCAGGAGCUGCGCAGACAGGUGAAGCUUCUGGACGUGGAGCGCGAGCAGAAGGCCAAGCAGCUGACCGAACUGCAGACGCGUCUGUCGCUGGACGAGCAGAAAGACGAGGAGCGCGCCAGAGAACUGAUCUCGCUCAAACAGAGACUCGCCGACUCGGACACCAGCAGAAACUCUCUUCAGAAAGAGCUGUGCUCUCUACAGCGGCGUCUGAGCGACAGCGAGUCGUGUUGGCGCAGUCGCGAGCGAGAGUUAGCGUCGCAGCUGCAGGAGGCACGCGGCUGCGAGAAGAAGCUUCAGGACGAGGCGCGUAACCUCUCGGUGCGCGCUCAGUCGGCCUGUGACGCGUCUGCGCAGACGCAGCUGCAGCUGAGCGAGGCGCAGGGCCGUCUGGCUGCGACGGAGGCGGAGCUAUCGCGAGCGGAGGCGGGCCGCAGGGAUCUGGAGUUCAGGCUGUGCAGUCUGCAGUCGGCGCUCACGCGGACGCUGGGCAUCGGGGCCAGUGGGCGGAGCAGCAGCAGGGGGCGGAGCCCGGCAGGCUCCUCCCCUUCCUCUCUGACCUCAGGGAUGAUGUCUCGCCACCGGAGCGUGUCUCCGCUGCACUGCUCGCUAUCGCCACCCAAAGACUUGGCAGGUAACGUGACUCCUGAUAACACCGCAGUGUUGCGGCCGGUGUCUCCGGAGAGGAUAGACGCCCCGCUGCCCGUCGCCCUGCCGGAGCUGGACCCGGAAACCCUGCGCAGCGGCCUCAGAGACUUCCUGCAGGAGCUGCGCGAGGCUCAGAGAGACCGAGACGAGGCACGGGGUCACCUGGGGUCACUGCAGAGGGACCUGGAGGAAGUGACGGGAGAGAGAGACUCCGCCCACCAGCGCCUCAUUCAGCUACACAGCACACUACAGGAGUGCCAAGAGGAUAAGCGUGCGGUGGAUGAGAAGCUGUCGGCGACUCAAGCUGUGCUGCAGCAGCAGGAAGAGUCUCUGCGGAGAGCAGAACGAGACCGGCGAGCGCUAAACGAGCGAAUCAAAGAGCUGGAGAGACUUUCGCUGAACACAGAGACUGAGCGCAAGCGUGUGGAGGAGCAGUGCAGUAAGCUGCGCGCUGGCGAGGCGCGUCUGGAGGCGGAGCGUCGGCGUCUGCGCGAGGCUCUGGAGGCGGCCGAGGGGCGGGGCACACGGGUGGAGCUGGGGAGGCGGAGUCUGGAGGGAGAGCUGCAGAGAUUGAGACUGAGUCUGGCUGAGAGAGAGAUGGAGAUCCAGACGGCUCACGACCGGCACGACAGCGCCAUCAAACAGGUGGCAGAGGGCGAAGCUCGCGUCGCGUCUCUUCAGCGCGAGGUGGAGCGGCUGACGGCGCUGUUGUCUAAAGCUCAGGACGGAGAGAGCGUUCAGAAAGAACGAGCGCUCGCUCUCUCCCAGAGCCUGCAGGAAGCCACCGCCGCCCACAGCGCCACCCAGGGGCGCCUCGCCGCGCUGCAGAAGACACUGGGACAGGCCGAGACCGAGCGCAGACAGCUGCAGGAGCGUGUGGAUGGACUCCGAGCGUCCGUGUCGGACGGGAAGCGUAAUAUCGCAGUGCUGACGGAGCGUGUGCAGACACUGCAGUCGGAGCUGACCCAGAGUCAUCUGCGCAGAUCUGAGCUGGAGACAGAGCUGCACAACACACAGGAGGCUCUGCGACAGAAGUCCGACAGUCUGACCGAAGCCCAGCGCAGUCUGCAGUCUGCGCAGACAGACAGAGCGUCUGCAGAGGAGCGUCUGCGCAGCUUACAGAGAGCUGUGGCCUUACUGGAGACCGAGAAGAGAGAUGCAGAGAGACAGGCCGUCCGGCUGGAGAAAGACAAGGCCGCGCUGAGAAACACACUGGAUAAGGUGGAGCGUCAGAAGCUGAAGACGGAGGAGAGCAGCAUGCGUCUGUGUGCGGAGAAAGGCCGCCUGGAUCGCUCGCUUAACUCCGCCGAACAGGAGCUGCAGGAUGCGCAGAGACAGAUCGUGCUGCUGCAGGCUCAGCUGGCAGAACUGGAGCAGAGUCACAGCGCCGGCGAUCAGGCGUUGCGUUUGCGCGAGGACGAGCGACUGCGCGUCAGUCAGAGAGAAGCGGAGCGGACGCUGGCGGCCCGAGAGAGAGCGCACCGGCAGCGGGUCAAGGGUCUGGAGGAGCAGGUGUUUACACUGAAGGAGCAGCUCCAGCAGGAGAUCCGUCGCAGAACGCCGGCGCUGCCGUCCGCCGUCAGCUGAUCCAGACCGAGCCACCUCGUUUACAGUGUUUGUGUGCUGCAUGGGUCAUGUUUCUGGGCGUUUCUUAACGCAUCUGACCCAGGGGGCGUAUUAGAGAAUGUUUCUUAUCUUAGGUCUUAACUUAAAGGGAUAGUUCACCCAAAUAUUUUAAUUCAGCAUUAAUUACUCACCUUCAUGUCAUUCCAAACCCGUAAGACCUUCGUUCAUCUUCGGAACACAGAAGAUAUUUUGAUGCAUUCCGAGAGCUCUCUGAGCCUCCACAGACAGCAACGCAACUCAAAUGUUCCCAGGUCCUGAAACGUAGUAUGACUUACCCUUAUGACUGGUUUUGUGGUCCAGGGUCACAUAUUUGACCUUUCUUAGAAAAAUUGUACUUUUAACAGAAUACAGCAAGGCUGAAUCUAUGGAAGCUAGUUUCCAUCAGGGCAUAAAAAAAUAGCAAAAGGUAAUUGUGACUUUUUAUCUCACAAUUCGGACUUUAUUUCUUGCAAAGGAAAACAAAAGUGAGAGAGAAACUCAGAAUUCUUACUUUUUUCGAAUUUAUACAUCUCACAAUUUAGUUUUUUGUUCCCACCACAGAAUAAAAAAUAGAAAAUGUAAUUAAAACUUUUUAUCUCACAAUUCUGACUUUUUCUCGCAAUUCCGAGUCAACUUUGUGCAAUUGCGAGUUUAUAUCUCGCAAUACCCUGGAAAAAAGGUCAGAAUUGUAAGCUAGAAAGUCGCAAUUGCCUUUUUUAUUUUAUUCAGUGGCAGAAACAAGCUUCCAUAUGAAUAUUAUAAAGACUGUCCAGAAAUGUCAGAGUAAUAUUAACCCCAAAACCAAAAAAAAAAAAAAAAAAGUAUUUUGCUUAAAGAAAGUUAAGCCUAGUUUUAGGACCAAUUUUAUUUUAUUUUUUACAAUGUGACUUUAUUAUAAUGAGAAUUAAGCACAUUUUAUUCUCUUAAUUCAUGUUACUGUAAUGAAGAGAGUUUUUUAGACAUAUUUUUAGAGGGAAAAUAUAACUGUGUAAUAAAUGAAGCGCUCACAUUUCCUGAACACUGACACACUCGACACAAACACUUGAAUAUUUUACUGUAAUAUUUAUAGUUCAUGUGAAUGAGACUCAGUAAUGGAUUGAAGUGAAUUUCUCUGAGAACCUUUUUUUAAAUAUUUGAAACAAUUGUGAACUGUAAUGUUUUAUAAUUUGUAAUGCAGUAAUAUUACUAUAAUGUUUUUACCUCAACUGAUUGUUGACGGGUCAUUUUUAUUAAUCAGUGAUGUAAAGUGAUGUAAUUCCUCACCCUUCGGUUCGGCUCUGAAUCCGAAAUAUAAACAUUUCACUUACGACUUGUUGAUUUUUUUUGACGUUGGAGUGUCCAGGUUCACACUGAGAUUAAUUCAUAAACACAAGACCUAAGAAAACGUUCUUCUCUCAACGCGAUUCUUCAAGACUGUCGAUUUCUUCACGUCAAAAGUCUGUUGCUCUUGACUCCGGCAGCGUGCGUAGAAACUAACGGUAUCUGUCAGAAAUGGCGCGAAAUACGGAGGUGAGACACUUGACAGAAAACUAUAUCAAUAAUUGUUAUUUUAAUUCAUUUUCAAAAGCAAUAAUAUUAAGGUACAGGUUACAUACAGUUAAGCCAGAAGCAAAGCAAACAGAUCUCGAGCGAUCAUAAUCGCGUAAAUGGCUUAUUGUGAACUAAAGUUACUAAGAAACAAUAAAAAUGCAUGUUAACAGUU